AUGUUUAUAAGAACUUUACUUAAAGCCGCUACAAGGAAUAUAAAAAUAACGCAAAGAUUUUACCAGCACAAAUCAAUUUCUGGAAUGGAAUUAGAGCAGGUAAUUGAAAAACUUGAAAAGUUUGCACCGUUAGUUAAUGCAGAAAGUUGGGAUAAUGUCGGACUAUUAAUAGAACCUGCAACCCCAAAAAAUAUUAAGAACAUUUUUCUCACAAAUGAUUUAACUGAGGUAGUUUUAAAUGAAGCUCUGGAAAAAAAAUCAGAUAUGAUUAUUUCAUAUCAUCCACCAAUAUUUGCCCCUUUGAAACGGAUUACACAAAGAACAUGGAAAGAACGCAUUGUAGCAAUAUGCUUGGAAAACAAAAUUGCUUUAUAUUCUCCACAUACCGCCUGGGAUGUGGCUAAGGGUGGUGUAAAUGAUUGGUUAGCGUCUGCUUUUGAUUAUUCUAAAAUAUUACCAAUAAAAUCAUUUCCUGAAAAUCCUAAUGAAGGGAUUGGACGAAUUUUAACGUUAAAUAAUCCAACACAACUGAAAGAUAUCAUUGAAAUUAUUAAGAAACAUGCUGAAAUACCAACUGUUCACGUCGCUAUUGGGAAUCAGUCAAAUUUAAAUUCUGCAAUAAGAAGUGUAGGGAUAUGUGCAGGAUCUGGUGCAUCUCUUUUAAAAGGUACUAAAGCAGAUCUAUAUUUAUCGGGUGAAAUGUCACAUCAUGAAGUUUUGGAUGCCAUACAAAAUGAUAUUUCAGUCAUAUUAUGCAAUCAUAGUAAUUCGGAAAGAGGGUUCUUAAAGAAUUUUAAACCGCAAUUACAUUUAUUACUGGAUGGUAAAUGUGAUAUUUUAAUUUCAGAAAAGGAUAGAGAUCCACUGUCAUCAUAUUAAAUGUUUAUAAAAUUAACUUAAAAGAAGUUUUUUGUCAUUGUUUUAAGUAAUGUUUAUAAAUUUUUUAUAUUGAAUAUGAAAAUAUAAAAAUGUUUUCUUUAUAAUAUCAA